AUGGGGUUGGAUCUGGCUGGUCCUGAGGAAGAGAACGGAGGGUCUAUCCCUGCCUUGGGGCUCUCGGAGGUGACAGAGUCCCUUUGGAUUUUCCCCCGGGUGCUGUCCUGUGCUGUUCUGCUGCUCCUGCUGGUGGCCGUGCUGAGCAGAGGCAGGAGGUGCAGCAUUGCCAAGAUCCUGCGGCAGUACCGUGCAGUCAUCUUCCAUGAGCUCCAGAACCUGAGGAACCUGACUGGGUCAGUGUACAGGAGCGGGAGGGCUGGGCCUGCUUGUCGUUCAGACAAGGACCACAAGAUCCUGCUGUCCAUCUACAACAUCAGCAUGUCCCUGCGGGAGGUGGGGGCCGGCACCCUGCAGGGCCCCCAGGAGCUGGCGGUCUGGAGGGUGGCCAGGAACACCAACACUGUGCUCCGGGAGAACUGCAGGAAAAUCAGCAAGAGCGCGGCGCACACGGCCCCGGCCCCGCGGCGGCAGCCGGCCCGCAGGAGGCAGCAGCGGCUGCGGGACAUCGGCAGGAAGGCGGAGAGGCUGGCGACCUGCUGGGAGAAGCUCAACGCCCUGCACGCUCCCCGCCAGACCUCCUGGGACUCGUAGGGACGCCCUGGGCGCCCGCCGGGGGAUGGAUGCGCUGCCCCAGCCCCGGGGCUGCCUGCGGCUCGCUUGGGAAGCUGGGACAGACUCAGCCCUGAGGGCUGGAUUCAUCCUCCUGCUCCAAGCCGUGCCCAGGCACCCGAUCCACCACUCCUGGCUGGGGCUGGCAGGUUGGUUUGCUGUGGGAUGGCUGUGGCAGACACCUGGAGCACCAGAAACACUGGGAAGAAGAAGGGAAAGAACCAAAAGGAGAAGGUGAGGUGUGGAUUCUUAGUUGCUCCCGGCCCUGCAGCACCUGCUGCUCUCUUGAGGACAAUGGGUGUGUUUUGGGGCAGAAAGAGGACAUGUGGGGCCAUGGCUCUGCUCUGGGGGCUCUGCUGCAGGUGAGGCCACAGUGAUCUGCAAGGCUCUGAGGUUACCAGGGCUGUGCAUGGGGACAGGUGUCCCUGAGGCACUGCUGGGAUGUGCAGAGCAGCCGGGCACCCUCAGUGGACAGGGAGGUAAAGGUGCAUCCCUGGGGAAGCCUGGGGGGUUCUGAUAUCCAAAACUGCCAGGCAUUGUGGGGGCUUGAGGGCAAGACUCAGCCUCAGUGACAGGCAGCACUGUGGAGGGACCGGGGUGUGCUUGGCACUGUGGGUGCCCCAGCAGGGAGGGAUGGUGGGGUUGGGCUGGGGUGAGCUGAAGGGCAUCCUCCCUUGUCACUGUGCUCUGCCAGCACCCUGCCUGUGGCCUCCACUGCUUUGUUGGGUAGCAAACAGCCUCUGGGAAGCCAGAAAUAAAACCUCUCCUUCCCUGGAA